CGCAUUGUGGAGCUCGAUCGAUGGAAUGCCGGAUCCUACACAGCGCUAGCCAAGUCCUGUAAGGCGCCAGGGUAAUGGAUCUUCUUGGUUCCAGGAAUUCCUUUGCUGAGCUCCUGCGUCACUGCAAAUCGCUGCGCGAGGCCAAGAGCGCGCACGCCGAUGUUGCCAAGGCAGGGCUGGAUCGCAGCGACACAUUUCUGGGGAAUCUUGUUGUCCAGAUGUAUGCUCGUUGUGGCAGCUUGCAAGAAGCGCGCAAGGCGUUUGACAGGAUCGAGCAGCCAAACGUUUUCUCCUGGACUCUACUGAUCACAGCAUAUGCCCGAAACGGGCAAAUUGAAGAGGCUUCUUUCUUGUAUGACAACGCCCCCGAGCCGGAUGUGAUCCUUUCCACCGCGAUGCUCACAGCCUUGGUGGAGAACAAUAAGCUCGACGAUGCCCGAAAGGUAUUCUCAAAAAUACCUGAGAAGAAUGUGGUGUCCUGGAAUGCUAUGAUCUCUGGUUUUGUUCAAGCAGGGCUUUGCGAGGAGGCAUUUGGAGCUUUUCAGCAAAUGGAUCUCGAAGGGUUUUCUCCAAAUUCAGUGACUCUGGUGAGCAUUCUCAGUGGCUGUACGAGCUUAGCUCAAGGCAAGAUGAUUCAUGGUAGCAUUUGCUUCGAGGUUGAGACCAAAGCUAUCAACGCACUGAUAAGCAUGUAUGGCAGGUUUGCAAGCUUGGGUGAUGCUCGGAGAGUUUUUGAUGCUUUAGAAGAGAAGGACAUUGUUUCAUGGACUGGGAUGAUCUCGGCUUACGUGCACAACCAGGAAAAGAACCGGGCUAUGGAAACUUUCGCAAGAAUGGACCUAGAAGGCGUUAGUCCAAACCGGGUCACUCUGGUAAGCGUUCUCAAUUGCUGUAGCGCGCCUUCCAGCGUAACUUUCAUUCGUGCAGAGGCCGUGGCAGCCGGUUUUCAAGCUCAUAUCAGUCUGAACAAUGCGCUCAUCACUGCCUAUGCGAGAACCGGAUUGAUCAAAGUUUCUCAAGCCAUCUUCCUGGUUAUGCCGGAAAAGGAUACCAUCUCAUUCAACGCUAUGAUAAUCGCGUAUGCCCAGCAAGGGCAUGCCCGAGAAGCGCUGGAGCUGCCGUGGCUCAUGGAGAUGGAAGGCUUCUCCAGGGACCGGAUCACUUUCACCAACAUCUUCUUCGCCUGUGGCCACUCGGGGUUGCUGGAGAGAUGCUGGGAGGACCUUCUCGCAAUGCAGGCCGACUUCCAGUUGAAGCCUUUGCCGGAUCAUUACCAGUGCUUGAUGGAGCUCCUGGGAAAAGCUGGGAAGCUGGAAGAAGUCGAGGACUUGAUCGGCAGCAUGCCUUACGAGCCCGACUCGGUGGCGUGGAACUCUCUGCUGGGAGCUUGCAAGAUCCACAGUGACUCCAGCCGAGGAACACGAGCAACGCAGAGGUACGUGGAUUUAAGUCCAGGUAAUGCCACUCCUUACGUGCUAAGUUCUAAUAUGCACGCUCAAGAUCGUGGCUUUCAGGUCCUGGAUUCUCAAUAGCAACCAAGGUCAAGUUUCCGAGUCUCCAGGAGAUUUUGAGCUAGUUGGCUGGCUGGAAAGAAGAAAAUGCUGCGAUCCAACGGCAGUGAUGUGGACGCC